AUGAGCACCGAGGCGUCCAUGACGGCGUGUCUGAACCUCAUGCGUCGCCUGCCGCCACGAGAGGUCGCGACGCAUGUGUACAACCUCACGCGUCUUGUACCGUCACUGACUGAUGAACUGUACCAGCGCGUGGAUCAGCCGCUGGAAGUCGCGGUCGAUCCAGCCAAUGGCCGCAAGUACCUGCGCUGCGACUAUAACCGCGACGAAGAGUCGUACCGGUCGCCGUGGACGAACCGGUACGAUCCGGUACUUGCCGACGGUUCGGGCUUUUAUCCGUCGGCGACACUGCGCGAGCUCGAAAUCCAAGCGAAUGAGAUUUUCGACUCGUACCGGGAAUUGUACUACCAGGGAGGCAUUUCGUCCGUCUACAUGUGGGACUUGGAACCCGGGUUUGCUGCCUGUUUUCUCGUCAAAAAGGACGUUGUCGAGCAGCGGUUUGUGCAAACAGGAUCGUGGAACUCGAUCCACGUGAUUGAAGUGCAAGAAAGCAGUGCGGCGGAUGGACUGGCGCCAGGGAGUAAGAAAGCCACGUACCGUCUCACGACGUCCGUGUUGCUGUCGAUGAAGGUGAAUCGCGCGGGACUGGGUGAGUUGUCGCUCGAUGGGACACUCACUCGACAGGCUGAACGCACGAUGGAGUUUGGCGACCAGUUUGCCCAUGUGUCGAACAUGGGACGCAUGGUCGAAGACAUGGAGAUUGACAUGCGCUCGAGCUUGGACGGCCUCUAUAUUGCCAAAACGCGUGAAGUGAUCAACGGCAUGCGGAAAUUGCAGCAAGGCCCGGCGCUCGCGAACCCGUUUGUUGGUGAACUCACUGGCGCAGUGCUCAAGCACGGACAAAAGCAGCAGCUGCAACAGGAGUAA